CGGCAACAAUUCAACCCAUUCACUCUACGAGGGCUUUUUCCAUUAGUUGUGUUGCCUAAUAUUUAAAACCGUCGUAUAAAUGUCGAUAACUUAUUAGUUUAUUUAUAAUACAGAUUUGCCGUAUUUUUAAUUAUAUAUGUUUGAUAUAGUCACUAAAUCUCGACAAUACGAUGGCUUCCCAGCUAAAUGUCGGCACUUCAAUUAACUGGCAUAAUAAGGACAGUGUUUGCCUAAAAACGUUUUUAAAGUACAAAUUCGGCAUAUGUUCGUGAGAGUUCUUCUUUUCAUCGAUUUCUACAUUGAUUUUAUUUCCCAUAAACUAUGGCUGAAAGUUUAGACAUUAACUUCAUUCCGCCAAAGUUAUAUAUAUCAUGCACUGGCCAAAUUUCUAAUUACUCCAAAAAUCAAGUUUCCUGUUUAGGGAAGUUGCGAAGAACUUGGAGUUAUCGGAAUAAAGAUAUACUUAUAUCCCAUAUGAUAUACAUUCGAUUCAAAAACCAACUACACAAGUUCCUUUUUUUCAAAUCAUUCUCUUCUGUUCGACGCAGUCUAGCACAACUUUGUGAUGGUCCUAUCCUAAAUGGGAUUUCAAAUUUUUGUACUAUGUCCUUAAAAUGUAAAAAUGAACAUUGUGUGAGUGGACAUACUUUGGAUCAUACACUAGUAUGCCUAAUUCAAUUGUACAAAAAAAUAGAAAUAUUGCUACUUCGUUUGAAUUCCUGCUGGAGGUCGUGUGAAGCACAGUUUACUACCGGACACUUUACCAAAGUCCUCUUAUUAAUAAUGACAGUACUUUCAGGUUUAAGAGUUCAAUCUCUUAAUUCUCUAGAUGAAGUUAACUGUUGUUAUGGUAACCUCUUUGCAGUUCGAAGAUCUUUACCAGAUACAAAGACUUGGUUACCAUAUGAUGUUACACUACCGUCUUCAUUAAAUCAUCAAGCAAAACCACCAGCAACAGAUGUGAACAAUCGCGAAGUUUUAGAUUUUGGUGAAAUUCGAACUAAAGAUAUCCCAAAGUUUUUGACCGCAAAAGGAACUCCUGAUAAUUUCGAUUCUCAUGAAGCCAUGACUUCUAACAAACCUCUCGCUAACAAGAACAAAAAAGUUAAAAGACUUAGUGCGGAUACUCAGCGUUCACUAACUGCACUACUUCCACGCGCCACUCAAAAGAAACAAGAAGAUCUCCUUUCUGUACUUCUUAACCACAGAUAGUAUAGUGUCUGAGAUUAUUGUACAGUUCCAUGAUCGAAUAUAUACCUAUUUGUAUUAUUUUCGUUACUUUUUCAUUCAAUGUAAAUAACUAAAUUUUUGGUUUAUUAGGAAAUAAAUUUCUCUAAAUGUUUUGUUUUAUUGGGGUAGAACUAAAGGAUACUUCAUUUUACUACAUCUAAUCAUAUAUAUGCUGAGAAUUCUAUAUUGUACCAAAAUAUAAUAUUGAAUAAAGCCAUUAAUAAUAAUGAUAAAUAAAUUUAGUAUUACGUUUGGUCUUCUCAUUACUAACAUAUAAAUCUCUGAGGCGGAUUGUACUUUAAUGAAUGUGAAUCACGGCUACCUCUUAGUGAUUAUACUUAAGCAGUCGAGUACACUGUAAUAUCUACCAUAUCUAGUACAGUCAGAUUAACUAGUAUCCGG